AUGGGAAUCACCACUACAGUACGCUCAAUUUCAGCAGAGAGCCCCGAGGUGGAAGACGUUGCGGAAGUCAUCAGCCAGGCAUUCGCAGCUGACCCUCUGAUUUUAUGGUUGUUGGACGAUCAAGGGCCGACCUGGGAUAAGUUGGAGCCUUCCCUCCAACGGUGGCAACAAUUUAGGGUCGAAGACGCAGCAAUCAACGGAGUUGUCCUUGGUGCUUUCCAGACAAGUGAAAGCUCGACUCAGGAAACAUGUCGAGGCGCCGUGCUCAUGUUCCCGACGUCCCAAAGGCAGUCAAUCCAGGUCAUGAAGAGAACCAUGCAAUAUGGAUACCUCAAGUGGUACUGGAAGCGAUUCAGUAUUGGAAUGGACGCUCCAAAUACGAACCAACAGAGAUGGCAACACAUGUUGGCAAAGCACAAUGAAGGUUUACAAACAUACGCACAUGCUUAUUCGGACUAUUGCUACUUGGAGGUCAUUGCUUCGCAUCCGGCGGCCAAGGGCACAGGCAUCGGUAAAGCUCUGAUGUCGGCGGUGAUCGAGGAGGCUCAGGGGAGUGCCAUCAUCUUGGAAUGUACCGACGAAACGACAAUACCCUUUUAUACAAAGUUUGGAUUUUCCGAGGUUGGUAGAGUUGAGCUGAAAGACGACCAAGGAUCGACGGCUAUGUGGAUGAUGGUUCGAAAGCCAGAGUGA